GUCCAUCUAUAUUUUCUCGCUUCUUGUAAGUUUUUAAACCAAAAAAAUGAAUGUGGCAGCUGGAAAAGUAGCUUUAAUCAGUGGUGGAGGGGCCGGUAUCGGGUUGCAAUACGCCAAAGAGCUUCUACGUAACGGGUUAAGGGCGGUCACCUUAGCGGACAUCAACAAAGUGAAUGGAGAAAAUGCCCUCAAGGAAAUCCAGGAGGAAUUCGGUCACGAGAAGGCCAUCUUUGUUCAAGUUGAUGUUGCUGAGAAGGAUCAAUAUGAAGAGGCCUUCAAGCAGACCGUGGACAAAUACAAAAAUCUUGAUAUCGUUGUAAAUAACGCGGGGGUUAUGAAUGAUGCAAUUUGGGAAAGGCAGAUUAGCAUAAAUUUGGUGGGGACGAUAAAUGGAUGCAUUUUGGCGUUGGAGAACUAUCUCCCCAAGUACAAAACGGAAUCGGAAGGAGUAAUCGUGAAUGUCUCUUCUGUGUCGGGGUUGGAAAGAUUUCAGGCUUUCCCGAUUUAUGCGGCGACCAAGCGAGCCGUCAUCGGCCUCACGAGGGCGUGGGGAAAGGAGCAGCACUACCAUCGGACCAAAGUGCGCGUUCUCGCUCUUUGUCCCGGGGUAACCGACACACCCUUACUGCGGGAAUGCUUAGAACGUAAUCUGGGGCCUGCUUAUCAGGAUAUAAUGCGGGGAAAUAUCCCGCAUUUGACUAUUCAAUCAGCGGAACAUGUCGCGUUGAGUUUAAUAUACGUACUGAAUAAUGGUCAAAAUGGAUCUGUGUGGGUGUCAGAACAUAGUGAAUCGCCGUACCAAGUUGGAAUGCCUUCUAGACACGAGCUUCGAAGAAAAUAAACAGCUAGUGUAAAGGCGUUUCAGAUGAUCGUAGUUAAGAUAUUCUUUGUAAUACAGAGACACUUUAGUUUUUUGUCAAACCACCAAUCGUGUUACAGUAUGUGUGGCGGAAAGUCAUACGAAAAAACCUAGGUAAUGCCAUUAGUUACAUAAUUCCACGUGCUUUUUACGUGUAUUACUUAUUACUCAUUAAACAUUAUACAAGUAA